AUGAAUUAUGCAACAACUGAGAAAGAGUUAUUGGCAGUAGUCUUUGCAUUUGACAAAUUUCGUUCUUAUUUGAUAGGAACGAAGGUUACAGUGUUCACCGAUCAUGCAGCCUUAAAGUAUCUAUUAGCAAAGAAAGACACUAGACCUAGAUUGCUAAGAUGGAUACUACUUUUGCAAGAAUUUGAUCUCGAAAUAAAAGAUAGAAAAGGUUCAGAAAAUCAGGUAGCUGAUCAUUUGUCACGUUUAGAGAAUCCUCCUACUGAAAUACUAGAUAUCCAAGAGGAAUUUCCUGAUGAGCAUAUCUUUUCAGUCGCGGCGGUUGUAAAUAAACCGCCUUGGUUUGCUGAUAUUGCCAAUUAUUUAGCCGGGGGGUGGAUUCCAAAAGAUUUGUCUUACGAUCAAAGAAAAAAGCUUAAAAAAGAGGCAAAAUAUUAUUAUUGGGAAGAUCCUUAUUUGUUUAAAUUUUGUCAAGAUGACAUAAUCAGGAGAUGUGUACCUGAAACAGAAAUGAACAACAUUUUAAGUCACUGCCAUAAUGGAGCUGUAGGAGGACACUAUGGAGGAAGAAAGACAGCAGCUAAACUUGAUGAGUUGGAAGAGUUCAGACUUACAGCAUACGAAAAUGCUAAAUUAUAUAAGGAAAAGACAAAAAAAUGGCAUGACAAGCUCAUCCACCAUAAAGAUUUUAAAGUUGGAGAUCAAGUUCUGCUGUACAAUAGCCGAUUGAGAUUAUUUCCAGGAAAGUUUAAGUCACACUGGACAGGACCGUAUACUGUAACAGAAAUUACCCCCUAUGGUGCCAUUGAAAUACAACGUACAGAUGGGGGAGAUAAAUUUAAAGUAAACGGUCAUCGUUCGAAGCCUUAUAUCAGCAGAUUCUUCGACAAACAGGCUUCAACAAUCCUUUUUACCUAA